AUGUCAGUCAGCACCGCCGCUACCACUACAACCACAAGGCAGCGACAGCCCUCAAUACCCGUCAUCGCAGUCGGCAAUGAGGACGACAAGAAGCCGAGGACAACGCAUGAGUCGGAUAUAGUUAUAAUUGGCGCUGGAAUAGCCGGCUGUGCUCUUGCAGUUGCGCUUGGGAAACAAGGCCGCCAGGUGACGGUGCUGGAGCGGUCGUUAAAGGAGCCCGAUCGUAUCGUCGGCGAGCUUUUACAGCCUGGCGGUGUCCAAGCACUCGAACAGUUGGGUCUACUAGAUUGCUUAGAAGGAAUUGAUGCCAUCGAAGUGGAUGGUUACGACGUGAUUUUCAACGGCAAAGAAGUCGAGAUCCCGUACCCUGCAGACGAAAAGACAGGUUCCCUCCCCAAGGGCCGCAGUUUCCACCAUGGCCGUUUCAUCAUGAAAUUACGAGAAGCUGCCCGGGCGACGCCGAACGUGACGAUAAUCGAAGCUACUGCAACUUCCCUUAUACGAUCCCAUUCAGAUGUUAUCGGAGCAGAAGCAACAGUCAACGGCAACACGGAGCACUUUAUUGCGCCGCUAACCGUCGCUGCCGACGGAUAUGCCUCCAAAUUUCGGAAAGACUUCCACCCACAUACACCAGAGGUCAAGUCGAAGUUCUGGGGCUUGGAAUUGAUUGACGCCGAGCUUCCAAUGCCGCUUCAUGGCCACGUGUUUAUCGGUAGCGGGCCGCCAGUGCUCAUGUACCAGAUUGGAACACAUGAAACACGGGCGUUGAUAGAUAUACCAGAAAACCUACCUUCAGCCUCUGUUGAGAAUGGCGGGGUGAAGGGGCAUAUGAGGAACGUGGUCCUGCCAUCCCUCCCAAAAUGUGUCCAGCCAAGCUUCCUAGCUGCCAUUGAAAAGGGCCGGUUCCGAUCGAUGCCCAACUCAUUCUUGCCUUCUGCAACGAACAAAACCGGCGGAUUAAUCAUCCUCGGAGAUGCAUCGAAUAUGCGCCAUCCGCUGACUGGCGGUGGCAUGACGGUUGCUUUCAGCGAUGUUGUGGUAUUGCGAGAUCUGCUAAGUCCCGAGAACGUGCCUACCUUCAAGGAUACGCCUUUAGUGAGAAAAACCAUGAAGACCUUUCACUGGCGGAGGAAGAACACCGCAUCAGUCAUCAAUAUACUGGCACAAGCUUUAUACUCUUUAUUCGCCGCAAAUGACCCCAACCUCAAAAUCCUCCAGCGCGGAUGCUUUCGUUACUUUGAGAUGGGCAUGAUCGAACAGCCCUGCGGCAUGUUAGCAGGUCUCAUCAAACAGCCCACAACGCUGAUACGGCAUUUCUUCGCCGUCGCUUUCCUCGCGAUUUGGAUCAAUAUCACUGAAACUCCCAUCUAUCUUUUCCCGCUGGCGCUGUAUCGAGCUGGCGCAGUUCUCUGGACUGCUUGCGAGGUCAUCAUGCCAUAUGUUUUUGUGGAGUUGCAGAGGUAG